AGCCACUUUGGUUCAAGCUGUCUUGGCGGGGUGUUUUCAACCCAGGCGAUCUCCUUUCAGCGCGCUGCCCCCCCCCCGCGUUCGGCGACAUGGCCCGCUCCGCGUCCCUGCUGAUCGCCUGCGCCGUCGCAGCCAUCACCGCUCUGUCGGUGGGCUCCGUCGUGCUGUCCUUCGUCGGCACCUCUCCCCCAGCCUCGGCGGGCCUCCGGACCAGGCAGCGCUCUCCAGCCGUGGAGAUGCACUUCUUCAACUUCGAGCCGGUGACGACCACGCCCCCGCCGCCGCCCGCUGGCGCUUUCGGCCUGGACGCCGCGAAUAGCGGCACGUACAUCGUCGUCAUGACCAUCCUCUUCUUCGGCUCGGUGCUCGCGAACGGCAACGGCUUCUUCGGACCGUGGCGAGCCAAGGGGACCAGCGAGCGGACCGACGGAGCAGCCAGCGGGCUGGGGUGGCUCCUCGACGGCGCCACGUUUUCCCGUGCUGCCUGCGCCCGCUUCCGGGCGCCGUUUCUGCAGCCGGCACGUCUGGGUUGCUUUCGGUGCGAUUGUAGCUGAACCCGACGUAGUCAGGAAAGACGAGAAUGAAAGGAGCGCACAGG